AUGGCGAUCCGUGGCUUAAUCACUCCGUCGACAAUGGCGGAUCGGUGUCUUACACUGGUCUGGAAGAUGGCGCCUGGUGACUGGAGCUGUGGUCACUACAAUGGCGGGUUUGAGGCUUGGUGUGGAAAAACGCAAAAUAGGAUAACCGAGUUGAUAGUACGAGGUCACGGUACUGUCAAAGGCGAGUGGCCAUGGCAUGCAGCAAUUUACCAUAAAAUAAAUCGUUCGAAUAAGUAUGUCUGCGGUGGAACUCUUAUAAAUGAACAUGUCGUUAUAACGGCGGCACACUGCGUUCGAGAUUCAGAUAAUGGACAACAAUUAGCGCCAAAGAACAUCUUUGUUCUACUGGGUGUUCACAAUUUGAAUUCUCCGGAUAGAAAAACCAUCCAGCAACAUGAGAUCCAAAAGAUUCGCAAACCUACCGACAAUAACAAUAAUGGCUUACGGGAUGACAUUGCUAUCCUGGAAAUGAGAACGGUGGCUGAGUUCGAUCAAUAUGUGCAGCCGGCUUGUUUGAGUUCCUCAAAAGAUCACACGGGACAGUACGGAAAAGCGAUCGGUUGGGGAGUGACAGAGGAUGAUCAAACUUCAUCUAUUUUGAAAAGCGUUAGAAUUCCUGUAGUUGAUAGCGUUACUUGUUUAAAAAGUGAUCGAGAAUUGUUUGGACCAACUUUGGAUGAAGGAGUACUCUGCGCCGGUUAUACGAACGGCACCACCGUGUGCAAUGGAGAUAGUGGAGGUGGAUUGUUUUUCAAAGUACACAACAUUUGGUACUUGGGAGGAAUUGUGUCAUUUACGAAAGCACGUGAUGCCAGCAGCAACCUCUGCCACACCCACAGCUACGCAGCAUUUACUAAAGUGUACACAUAUUUGCGUUGGAUCUCUUCUGUGACUGAUUUCCAGUUUCCGGAAAAUAAAAAAAUACCGCCAUCAGAUGAUUUACGUCCCGAUAAUAUCUGUGAGCCAAAGUACGCCGAACCACGGAAAACUGACUCAAACCUAUUAUUGCCUCAUAGCUGUGGUGGCUACAUUACCAAUCGUAUCACCCAAGGUCAAAACACAGAUGUAUUUGAAUUUCCCUGGAUGGCAAUCAUUCAGAAAUGGCAGGACUACGAAUGGCAGUAUAAAUGCGUUGGUACUCUGAUUAGCAAACGUUACGUUCUCACAGCUGCACAUUGCACAUUGGAAUUACCUAUGAGAGUUAGAUUGGGAGAGCAUACCAUUGGCCAGGAAAUAGAUUGCAAUGUAAGGGAUGGGGACCGGGAAUGCGCUCCUCCUGUCCGUGACUAUGAAAUUCAAUGUAUUAUCAGACAUCAGAGCUUCGAUUCCAAAACGUUAGUAAACAACAUCGCUUUGAUUCGUCUGAACAGGGAUAUUCUAUUCGAAGAUCAUAUUCAACCAAUCUGUUUACCGAUCACAAAUUCAUUGAGGCAUUUAACUCUUGAUAAGUACAUUAUUUCGAGUUGGGGCGAUACGGAACUGGGAGAGCAGUCAAUGAAGUUACUUAAAACUACUGUUACCCCUGGUGAUCGAAACGUGUGCCAGGAUUGGUUGGAAAGUGCAAAUCUCAAGCUGCAUCCGAGCCAUAUUUGCAUAGGCCAGUGGGACGGACCAGGGGCGUGCCGUGGAGAUGGCGGAGCACCAUUAGGCUACAGUGCUAGGUACAAUGGAGUACGUUUCAUACAGUUUGGUAUUUUUUCCAUUAGAACCAUUCCGUGUCGUGGCGUUUCGAUAUACACCAAUGUUGCGGACUAUAUGGAUUGGAUACUCGCAAAUAUAAAACCGUGA